AUGCCGCCAAGAUUAUGCGUACUAUGUCAGACAUCCCGAGCGAUGCUGAAGAGGCCAAAGACCGGCCAGCAGAUUUGCAAAGAAUGCUUUUUCUAUGUUUUUGAGACCGAAGUUCACCACACCAUAACCGAUGCCCAGCUCUUCAAGCCGGGGGACCGGGUUGCGAUAGGGGCGUCGGGCGGAAAGGACUCAACCGUAUUGGCAUAUGUCAUGAAGACUCUGAAUCACCGUUACCAAUACGGGUUAGACUUGUAUCUGCUUUCCAUCGACGAAGGCAUAACAGGUUAUCGCGACGAUUCCCUUGAGACCGUCAAACAGAACCAAAAAGACUACGAUAUCCCGCUGCAGAUACUAUCAUACGACGAUCUUUACGGCUGGACAAUGGAUCGCAUUGUGGCUCAGAUAGGCAAGAAGAAUAACUGUACCUUCUGUGGGGUUUUCCGAAGGCAAGCUCUCGACCGGGGCGCCGCAUCGUUAGGCGUCGAUCAUAUCGUUACUGGGCAUAAUGCCGACGAUAUCGCGGAAACAGUCCUUAUGAACAUAAUGCGAGGCGAUAUCGCGCGGCUGGGGCGCUGUACUUUGAUAUGCACAGAAGGUGAAGAUACCAUCAAGCGGUCAAAGCCAUUCAAGUAUACAUACGAGAAAGAAAUUGUAAUGUACGCGUACUUCAAGAAGUUGCAUUACUUCUCAACGGAAUGCAUAUAUUCACCUGACGCUUACCGUGGCCAUGCACGCGCGUUUCUCAAGGAUUUGGAAGCCGCACGACCCUCUGUCAUCAUUGAUAUCAUUCAUUCUGGUGAAGCAUUCGAAUUACGUUCCGAGGUGAAGGCCACACAGAAAUCACAACAGAAUUGCGCACGCUGCGGAUACAUAUCAAGCAACCCAUUGUGCAAGGCCUGUACGCUGCUCGAGUCUCUCGAGUCAGGCGCCAGAGCUUCAUCCAUCGCUGAUGCAAGUUCCAAUCCGGACGGACAAUCUUCGAUGCGAACAAUACCGUACUUUGAGCGGCUUGGCCGAGUCCGAGAACAGGCGUUGGUCAUGGUCGUUUCCGAAACGACCUGA